AUGCCUUUCGACACUGAGCUGACCCGGCGCCUGGGGAUCAAAGUCCCCAUCGUCCAGGGCGGCAUGCAGCACGUGGGAACCGCCGACCUCGCAUCUGCCGUCUCGAACGCCGGUGCCCUAGGCAUCAUCACGGCUCUCAUCUUCCCGACCCCCGACGCUCUGCGCGCCGAGAUCAAGCGCUGCCGCACCCUGACCAAGAACCCCUUCGGCGUCAACCUGACCCUUCUCCCGGCCCUCGUGCCCCCCGACUACGCCGCCUACGCCCGCGCCAUCAUCGAGGAGGGCGUCACUAUCGUCGAGACGGCCGGCAACUCCCCCGGCCCCGUCAUCACGCAGCUCAAGCGCGCCGGCGUCACCGUCCUCCACAAGUGCACCUCGAUCCGCCACGCCCAGUCGGCCGUCAAGCUCGGCGUCGACUUUCUCUCCAUCGACGGCUUCGAGUGCGCCGGCCACGUCGGCGAGUCCGACAUCACCAACCUCAUCCUCCUCUCCCGCGCCCGCCAGUCCCUCAAGGUCCCCUUCAUCGCCUCGGGCGGCUUCGCCGACGGCCAGGGCCUCGCCGCCGCCCUGUGCCUCGGCGCCUCCGGCAUCAACAUGGGCACGCGCUUCAUGUGCACCGUCGAGGCCCCCAUCCACCACUCCAUCAAGGAGCAGAUUGUCAAGGCCCAGGAGACCGACACGGAGCUCCUGCUGCGCCGCUGGCGCAACACGACCCGCCUCUUCCGCAACGACGUCGCCCUCGAGGCCCUCAAGGUCGAGCGCGAAAGCACCACGGGCAAAUUUGAGGAGAUUGCUCCCCUCAUGAGCGGCAAGCGCGGCAAGGAGGCCUUUGUCAACGGCGAUCCCAACUACGGCGUCUGGACGGCAGGACAGGUCAUUGGCCUGAUUCACGACAUCCCCACGGUAGAUGUCCUCGUCACGAGAAUAGAGAAGGAGGCCGAGGCUGCCCUCAAAGACAGGUUAUCCCUCCUGAAGCCGGCGGCCAAGCUGUAG